AAUUUAUCUAUCCCUCUCUCUAUUUCCACAUCUCUCUCUUCGUCUCUCUCUCUCUCGCGCUCUAUGCAAUCACAGGGCGAGACAGAAAGAAUGCAAGAGACAGAGAAGGGAAGGAGAAGAAAAUAUAAAAAAUAAUAAUAAUAAAAAAAAAAUUCAAAGGCAAAGGCUUCUCAUCACAUUCAUCCAUUUCGUCUUCUUCGCAGUUUCUUCAACUCUUUGGUUCAAUCGAUCUCUCUCAGAUUUUGAAAUAUCUGAUUCAGCUUAUUAAAUGGGAAUGGUCAAUUUCUUUCGACGCUUUCCUCUUUGACUUUUUCUAUCCUCUUUAUUAGGGUUAGUUUUAGGGUCUUCUCUGCUAAUGAGAUAAUUUAUCUUUAUUGUGCUUCUUCAUCGUCUUCGUCUUCGUCUUCUUCUUUCUCGUUUCAAAGGUCCUCAACGGAGUUUCGCCUUCGAAGGUUGAUGAUGCAUAUAUGAUGGUUAGGGUUAGGGUUAGGGCAUCUGCGCAGAUGGAAGCGUCCGGUAGUAAUUCUGACGGGUACAGAGGUUCUUCGGGAGGGAGUAGUACAAGUAGUGGUAAUUCUAGGAGGUAUGGAAUGCUAUCGGCUUCAAGUAUCAUUCAGGCACCCAUUUCUGCCUUGUUAGAAUAUUCGGGUCUUUUACGAACCUCUAGGUCAACUCACCAAGAAACGGACACUUUGAUGAACGCCUCUGGUGGGGUUCAUGAUCAUCGACUUGAUGAUUCUACAGCUGUAGCAGCAGGAAUAGCUGCGGCAGCCAACAACGGUGAGGUUGCAAUUAGGAUAAUUGGUGCAGGAGAACAUGAGCAUGACAGGGAGAGCUCUGGAUUGGCGGUUGGGCAGUUGGGUUCUCAGCGUGAGGUGUCUGUGCAGCAGCCAAUGGCUGGGAUGGAAUCGGAUGUUCAGGGAGAUUCUAGAAAUGAUCGUGGUUCAGGAGAAGGUCCUCCUCAGCAGCCUUCCGGUGCAAGUGGAGAUGGGGAAGUUGCUGAUGGCAGUGGGACUAAUGGAAGGGAUUCGUCUUACCAGAGAUAUGAUAUUCAGCAAGCUGCCAGAUGGAUUGAGCAAGUCCUUCCUUUUUCUUUGCUUCUGUUGGUUGUUUUCAUCCGCCAGCACCUGCAAGGUUUCUUUGUUACAAUUUGGAUUGCUGUUGUCAUGUUCAAGUCAAAUGACAUCCUACGUAAACAAACAGCUCUGAAGGGAGAGAGGAAAAUCUAUGUCUUGAUUGGCAUCUCUCUUGCGUUCACACUUCAUGUGGUUGGUGUCUACUGGUGGUAUCAGAAUGAUGAUCUUUUAUACCCAUUGAUUAUGCUCCCUCCCAAAACUAUACCACCCUUUUGGCAUGCUAUUUUCAUCAUAAUGUUGAAUGAUACUUUGGUCCGGCAAGCAGCAAUGGUGUUCAAAUGUAUAUUGUUAAUGUAUUACAAGAACAGUAGAGGCCGGAAUUAUCGUAAGCAGGGUCAAAUGCUAACUCUUGUUGAAUAUCUGAUGCUGCUAUACCGCGCCUUGUUGCCUACACCAGUCUGGUACCGUUUCUUUUUGAAUAAAGAAUAUGGUAGCCUCUUUUCAUCUCUGAUGACAGGGCUGUACUUGACUUUCAAGCUGACAUCUGUCUUCGAGAAGGUGCAAUCUUUCUUUGCUGCUUUGAAGGCACUAUCACGUAAAGAGGUACAUUAUGGGGCUUAUGCAACAUCUGAGCAGGUCAAUGCAGCAGGAGACCUGUGUGCUAUAUGCCAGGAGAAGAUGCAUGCUCCCAUUUUACUUCGUUGUAAACACAUCUUUUGUGAAGAUUGUGUAUCAGAAUGGUUCGAGAGGGAAAGGACGUGUCCCUUGUGCAGGGCCUUGGUCAAACCUGCAGAUCUUAGAUCGUUUGGCGAUGGUUCUACUACUUUGUUCUUCCAGAUAUUCUAGUACAUUCUACUGUAAAAUCCUAGGAGUUUUUCUUCUUCGGAGCUCAAACGCCUGCUCAAAGCUUGCCUUUUCCUGAUCAGAAGAUAUCAACACAAGUAUAUGCGACUAUCUGGCUGUGCUUAAUUCAGCAGUUGACCCAAGGAAGUUGAACUGAAGCAAGUAGAUGGAAUUUGAUUUGGUUCCGUUCCUUUGUUGUAUCGAGAAAGGUUGAAUGUAUCUAAUGGUCCUUAACGGCAGUUCCUUUAAGGACUAACGCUUUAUGUCCGUUUUCGUUUGCCAUAAAUGAUAAGCUUUUCCCUCUUGUUGAAUUGUAUAUAUUUUUCUCAAAAGGCAUAGAUAUUUGUACAUCUUUCGUUUGGAGUACAUGAAAGGUUCACCCUAGAGCCUAAUUUUUGCA